AUGACGGAGAACGGAGUGGAAAGCCCGAGGCCGGGCGAGCGCAGCCCAGCGACGGUCGCCGUUGACGGCAGGGCGCUCGAGCUCCCCUUUUCGGAGCGCAAAAUGUGCAAUGAGUUGAAUACGGCCCUCCAGCUGCGGAAGGCGGCUGGGGACAUCCCCUACCGGCCGCCUCCUAGCAGGCGCCUGGACGGGAAGACGCCGGAGGACGGCGUCCGAGUCCGGAGGCUGAGAUCCAGCCAGGAGAGCCUGAGCGACCCAGCGGGCUCGUCGUCCACUGACUCUCUCAAGGAAGCCGGCCGGCCCACCGCGGCGCCCCGAGGCGAGCGCGACUGUCCGGAGGUCCUACCGGUCCUGUCGCAGCGCAGUUUGGCGCCGAGGAGGAUUGAGCGGGAUCGCUCGGCCAAUGUGUCCGCCGAGAGGCCCCGGCUGCACAGGAAGCUGAGCGAGGGAGACGCCUGCUCGGACAGCCUGUCCGUCGACUCCGUGAGGUCCCUGGGAAGCGUGCUGAGCCCCAUCAGAACUCAGGAAGUCAGGAACAGGAGUUUCUUGGAGGGAGGAGGUCUGGGCAGCGGCGCCUUGCUGGGUGUGGAGGAACUCCUGCGCUACUUCCCUGACCGCCGGGUGGGCAUCUACGUGGUCACCUGGAACAUGCAGGGCGAGAAGGGACUUCCGUCCAACCUGGACGACCUCCUCCUCCCGACUGACUCGGAAUUCGCCCAAGACUUUUACAUCAUUGGAGUUCAAGAGGGAUGCCCCGACAGGCGAGAGUGGGAAACGCGUCUUCAAGAGUGCCUGGGCCCCCACUACGUGAUGCUGUACGCGGCGUCCCACGGCGUCCUGUACUUGAGCGCCUUCAUCCGCAGGGACCUGAUUUGGUUCUGCUCAGAGGUGGAGAGCGCCGCCGUCACCACCAGGAUCAUCUCGCAGAUCAAGACCAAAGGUGCCGUGGCCCUGGCCUUCACCUUCUUCGGCACCUCCUUCCUCUUCAUCACCUCGCACUUCACUUCCGGAGAUGCCAAAGUUUACGAGAGGAUCUUGGACUACAACAAAAUCGUGGAGGCGCUGGCGCUUCCCAAAGGACUGCCGGAUACCAACCCGUACCGAUCAACAGCAUCUGAUGUGACCACAAGGUUCGACCAAGUAUUCUGGUUCGGAGACUUCAAUUUCCGUCUGGGUCACGAGCGGGUCGGCGUCGAGAGUAUCAUCAAGCGCACGGCCGGCCAUGACGUGGAUGCUCUAAUGGAGCACGACCAGCUAGUCAAGGAGAUGAAAGACGGUUCUAUCUUCAAAGGCUUCCGGGAAGCUGAAAUCCACUUCCUCCCCACUUACAAGUUUGACAUCGGCAGCGACGUAUACGACACCAGUGCCAAGAAGAGGACGCCGUCGUACACUGACCGGAUUUUGUUUCGGACCAGAUACGCCGACGACAUCCACGUGCUGAAAUACUCCAGCUGCUCCAGCAUCAAGACGUCGGACCACCGGCCCGUCGUCGGCAUCUAUGGCGUCAAGCUCAAGGCCGGCCGAGAUACAAUUCCAUUGGGAGCGGGCCAGUUUGACUGCAGCCUGUACCUGGAGGGCAUAAAGAGGAGGAUCAGCCGAGAGCUCAAGCUCAGGGAGGCCGCCAAGAACCAAAGCAGCGUCUGCGCCGUCUCCUGA